AGUAACUAAACUUAGUAAAUCCUAUAUUUAAAGUGCAGAGUUGAAAUGAGGCAUUGAAAUUCUGAAGACUGAAAAUGCAACGGCAGCAUCAAUUCACAUGUCUAGGAUAUUGAGCUAUGUGCAGAAAAAUCUCUCUCCCAACCAGAACAUGCUAAAAUAUCAGAGAUUUGCAUAUCAGAAACCUGAUUCCAGAAAGGUUCAGGGAAUUUGGGAGGCAGGAGAGGGCUCUUCCUGUCAGGACAAGGCUUUAAAUACGCGUGAAGAUUUCUUCUUCAAUGAAUUUGGUGUUCCAGUAAGCAUGACCCCUAGUAAAGAAUUUGUUAUUAACGUUCAUGAAUCAGACCUCCCAACUCUGUUGCUUGAUAGCUUUGCGAGUACACAACCAUCUACCGACUUAGAUUCUGAGUCAGAAUCUGUUUUCAAUUCAACCUCCUGCAAAUUAGGUAAUAAGAAUUCAGUCUUGUCAUUGCGUUCUCCCAGCAGCAGUUCAGAUCAUAGGGUAAACAAUCCUGAUGCUACUAUACCAAAUCCUGAUAUGUCUCUCAUUACUCUUCGCAAAAAAUUUCUGAAACCAAUUAUCUCUAGAGAGGAUUCUCCUUUGGAUAAUAUCAUUCCUUUGUCUGAUAAUCACGUUACUGGCAGCAACAGGUCUCAUGUUGAAGAAACACCUAUUAUUGCAGAGAAGACAGAGGCACAGAAAACUUGGGAUGUUGGCUUUCAGUUGGGUCUGUUUAACAAAGAUCCUGAGAAGGACAGUGUGGAAUUGCUAUCUCAGAAUAUAGCCAAGGAACAGCAGGCAAAUUGCUGA